AUGUCCUUCCUGGCAUCUGGCCGUGCCCGCCUCCUCCGGGGCAUCUCCAGGCACCGUCCUCCACAGCAAGGACGCUACACCGCGUGCUUCCGGCGUUACAAGGCGCAUUUCUUGCUGGACGGGACUGAUGAUGCAGCGGAGAGCGCCGUCGAAUCGCAGCAACCACCGGUGUCUCUGGCGAAGAGUCUGGCAUCUCUCGCCGAGGAAUCAACCAUUGCUGCUCAGAGGCAGCGGAAGCCCCUGUCCCGGAUGGAGCGGAAGAGGCUGGCCGAGCUCCGGAUAAAAAAGAGGGUCAAGGCGCAGUAUUUGAAUGGCAAGUUUUACGAUCUCAUGGGUAAGGUGGUGGCUACCAUUGAUACGCUGGAGGAUGCUUACGACAUUGUCCGGCUGAACUCUAAUGUCGAUCUGGCAUCUGCAAGGGACGAUGUUUGCUUCAACGCAUUGGCAGAGCAGCUCAGAAGCGGAGAGUUUGAUAUCGCUGCGAAUUCUUUCUCAGUAGCUGCAAAGAGGCAAGGAGGCGAGCGCAUUGUUCUUCCACGGCUCAACUUGAAAGUUAUCCAGGAAGCAGUUAGGGUGGUGCUUGAGGUUGUUUACAGACCUCAGUUCUCCAAGAUAUCACAUGGUUGUCGGAGUGGGCGAGGAUAUCACUCGGCGCUAAGGUUCAUAUCCACUGAAAUUGGGGUUCCAGAUUGGUGCUUUACUGUCCCCUUGUACAAGGAGGUAGAUAGUAAUGUGGUCUUAAAGCUUAUUUCACAAGUACAGGAAAAGAUUGUUGACGACCAGUUAGUGGCAUUCAUGCAAGAUAUGUUUGAUGCCGAGGCGAUCAAUUUGGUAUUUGGAGGGUUUCCCAAGGGCCAUGGAGUUCCUCAAGAAGGAGUACUUGCACCCAUCCUGAUGAAUAUAUAUCUUGACAGUUUUGACCAUGAAGUAUUUAGGAUUUGCAUGAAAUAUGAAGGCCUUUAUUCAGGUGCAACAAAUGUUACAGACAACCAGGGAUCCAAGUUGCGUCUCUGGUUUAGAAGUCAAAUGAAGGACAUGGAUCUAAAUAAUGAAGAUCAAACAGAGGGCCAGCCAAACGUGAGGUUAUAUGCUUGCAGAUACAUGGAUGAGAUUUUUGUUGCAGUUGUGGGGUCCAGAGACAUAGCAGAAACUGUAAAGUCUGAAGUUGUUGAUUACUUAACCAAAUCGCUUUACCUGAAAGUUGAUGAUGGAUUGUGUCUUGUGCCAGUAAAAAAGGACUCUCGGGGGUUGCAGUUUGCUGGCACUGUAGUUAAGGCAACAACAAAAGAAAGUGCUGCACUGAAAACUGUUCAUAAACUGAAGGAGAAGGUCCGUUUAUUUGCUUGUCAGAAGCAAGAGAUAUGGGAUGCUAUGAAUCUUAGGUUAGGAAAGAAGUGGUUGGCAUAUGGUUUGAGAAGGGUAAAGGAGUCUGAGAUCAAGUCACUUGGUCUUAGUACUCCGUUGCUGGAUCACAUUGCACAAUUUAGGAAAGAGGGCAUGAAGACAGAUCAUUGGUUCAAAACUUUACUUAAGGUAUGGAUGCAGGACAUCAAUGCCAAAAAUGAAGCUAAUGAGGAGGUGCUCCUGUCAAAAUACAUUGCUGAACCAGCACUUCCGCAGGAACUCAGAGAUGCUUUUAACAACUUUCAGAAGCAAGCUAAUGAUUAUAUCUCAUCAGAAACUGCUGCUACAGAAGCACUGUUGUCCAGCUUGAAGAAUAAGGAAUCAAUGUAUACCUGCCCUGAUGAUGCUGCCAUUAAGAUUUAUGCGCCUCUUAGUUAUAUCAAGAAGUGCCUCAAUCGCUAUGGUGUAACUAAUCUUGAAGGUUUCCCUAAACAUGUUUCAGCCCUUGUUUUGCAAGAUGAUGAGCUAAUCAUAAGUUGGUUUGCAGGAAUAAUUCAUCGUUGGGUAAGAUGGUUCUCUGAGGUUGACAAUUUUAAAGAGCUUCAACUUAUGUUAGUUGAAUGUGUCAGGAAAUCCUGCAUUCGGACACUAUCUGCAAAGUACCGAAUGUACGAAAAAUUGACAGAAAAGCGGUUUGAACUUGAUGAUUAUGGCAUUCCAAUGGUCGAGGACUUUGAGGCAAUGAUAGCACAGCUAGAACCUAGUUCUUCCUCAGUUUCCGCUGAUGAAGCUCUGACGUAUGGCAUUUCUAGUAGUGGCUUAUGUGUGCUCACCCUCUCAAGAGUUAGAGUCCCUGCUCGGAAAUUCAACUGCUUUGUCAUGGGCUGCCAAUCUUCGUCACCAAGUUUGUACAUCAUUCAUGUGAAGGAGAAACAGCGGUUUCCAGGAUGGAGGACAGGUUUCUCAUCAUCAAUUCAUGGGAGUUUAAAUGGUAGACGAAUUGGGUUGUGUACUCAACAUGUUAAAGAUCUAUAUCUAGGACAAAUCUCCCUUCAGUCAGUUGAUUUUGGUGUGCUGAUUAGAUGA